AUGGUGCUACCUACUGGGAACCCAGGUGUCCUGGUAAAGGUGGUGGAGGUGUACUUCUGUGAGCGCUGUGAGCAGAGCUUCGCAGAGCCCACUCUGCUGGCCCUGCACCAGUGCACUGAGACCCUUAUACAGCCUCUAGCGGACCUCUCUGGCCCCCCAUGCCCUGUAGAGCUGACCCCCAGCAACCUCCCUCUCUCUGGCCCUCCGCAGGGCCAGGGCCCACCAGAUAGCCCCCUGCCGUGCCCUGUGUGUAGACAGGAGUUUGCCCAACCCCAGGCCCUGAAGAGCCACUUCAAGAGUCACCGGAGCACUCCCGACACCUUCCCCUGCCCGGAGUCUGGCUGUGCGUUCUCGGCAGAAGAUCGCAAGGGUCUGCAGCACCACCUGAGGCUGGCCCACACCGCAGUUCCUGUGCCGUGUUCUUUCCGGGGCUGCCCCCUGCUCUUUGGGAGCCAGCAGGGCAUGGAGCUGCACCGGCAGGCCCAUUACCCUUUCCACUGCAACCACUGCAGCUUCAUGGGCUCCAACGUCAAGCUCUUCCGGCAGCAUCAGCGGAACCACGGGGCCGGGACGCAGGGAGAACUGUCUGCCCAGCAGAGUGCUCCAUCCCAGGAGCUGCUGCCAGACAUUAUCAAGUUUUAUGUGUCUCCAGCCCCCAAACUGCCCCCUAGAGAGGAAGAGCCGUCAGAACGAGCAGAUACGCCCUUGCCCAGGCAGGAGUCAGCGGACGAGGAGGACGUGGAGGAAGAAGAGGAGAGUGGUGCCCUGAAGGACACCCAGAAAGCCCUGGAGAAAGGCCAGGGGCCUCAGCAGUUAGAAGGGGAUGUGGCUUCUGGCCCCGAGUCCCUCUUCAAGACCCACAUGUGCCCAGAAUGCAAGCGCUGCUUCAAGAAGCGGACGCACCUGGUGGAGCACCUGCAUCUCCACUUCCCAGACCCCAGCCUCCAGUGCCCCAACUGCCAGAAGUUCUUCACCAGCAAGAGCAAGCUCAAGACCCAUCUGCUGCGGGAGCUGGGCCAGAAGGCCCACCGCUGCCCACUGUGCCAUUACAGCGCGGUGGAGAGGAAUGCGCUCAACCGCCACAUGGCUAGCAUGCACGAGGACAUUUCCAACCUGUACUCGGACACCUACGCCUGUCCCGUGUGCCGCGAGGAGUUCCGCCUCAGCCAGGCCCUGAAGGAGCACCUCAAGAGCCACACGGCGGCGGCCGCCGCGGGGCCCUUGCCCCUUCGCUGCUUUCAGGAGGGCUGCAGCUACGCGGCCCCCGACCGCAAGGCCUUUGUCAGGCACCUGAAGGAGAGCCACGGCGCACGGGCCGUGGAGUGCCGCCAUCACUCCUGCCCCCUGCUCUUCGCCACGGCCGAGGCCAUGGAGGCGCACCACAAGAGCCACUACGCCUUCCACUGCCCGCACUGUGACUUUGCCUGCUCCAAUAAGCACCUGUUCCGCAAACACAAGAAGCAGGGCCACCCGGGCAGCGAAGAGCUGCGCUGCACCUUCUGCCCCUUCGCCACCUUCAACCCGGUGGCCUACCAGGACCACGUGGGCAAGAUGCACGCCCACGAGAAGAUCCAUCAGUGCCCCGAGUGCAGCUUCGCCACUGCCCACAAGAGGGUGCUCAUCCGCCACAUGCUGCUGCACACGGGUGAGAAACCUCACAAGUGUGAGCUCUGCGACUUCACGUGCCGAGACGUGAGCUACCUGUCCAAGCACAUGCUGACCCACUCCAACGCCAAGGAUUACAUGUGCACCGAGUGUGGCUACGUCACCAAGUGGAAGCACUACCUCAGUGUGCACAUGCGGAAACACGCAGGGGACCUCAGGUACCAGUGCAACCAGUGCUCCUACCGUUGCCACCGGGCCGAUCAGCUGAGCAGCCACAAGCUGCGCCACCAGGGCAAGUCCCUGAUGUGCGAGGUGUGUGCGUUCGCCUGCAAGCGGAAGUACGAGCUGCAGAAGCACAUGGCCUCCCAGCACCACCCGGGCGCGCCGGCGCCGCUCUACCCCUGCCGCUACUGCAGCUACCAGAGCCGCCACAAGCAGGCGCUGCUGAGCCACGAGAACUGCAAGCACACGCGCCUGCGGGAGUUCCGCUGCGCCCUCUGUGACUACCGCACCUUCAGCAACACCACCCUCUUCUUCCACAAGCGCAAGGCCCACGGCUACGUGCCCGGCGACCAGGUGUGGCAGCUCCGCUACGGCGGCCAGGAGCCAGAGGGGCCCGGGCCGUGCCCGACCCCCCCACCCGACUCCGAGCCCCCGGGCCAGCCGCCCGCCCAGCCUGCGGGGCCAGACCGUGACCCUGGGCCCGUGGUGGAGCCCCCCCUGGACCCGGCGCCGCCGGAGACCAGUGAGGAGGAGAGCGCCGGCAGACCGGAUGGCAGUGAGGUUCCGCCGGGGGCCGAGCUGGUUGGCAGCCCCAGUCCGGCGGAGGUCGAUGAGGCCGGCUGCACGCUACACCUGGAGGCCCUGGGGGUAGAGCUGGAACCUGUGGCCGAGCCACCCCUUGAGGGGAUGGCUGAAACCGACCCUGUGGCGUUCAGGCCCCUGGAUGCCUCAGGGCCCCUGAGACUGGAAGGGCCAGAGGAAACUUUGACACAGCUGUCUACCUUUGAAGGUGCCGGAACUUCUGGCAUGGGUGCCGAAGAAAAGCCCGUUCUGGAAAAGCCAGUUCCUGAGGCCCCCCACAAUGCCCCUUCCUCAGAGGAGCCCCCUGACAGCUGGGCGGGAACCUUCAAGGCCGCUCUGGCUGCCGAGAGCGCCCCCCUCCCCCAGUUCCCCGAGUCAGAGUCCUUACUCAGGGCCCUCCGGAGGCAGGACAAAGAGCAAGCCGAGGCUCUGGUCCUGGAGGGGCGGGUUCAGAUGGUGGUGAUCCAGGGAGAGGGGCGGGCUUUCCGCUGCCCGCACUGCCCGUUCAUUACCCGCCGGGAGAAGGCCCUGAGUGUGCACUCCAGGACGGGGUGCCAGGGCCGCCGAGAGCCCCUGCUGUGCCCCGAGUGCGGGGCCAGCUUCAAGCAACAGCGCGGCCUUAGCACCCACCUGCUGAAGAAGUGCCCCGUUCUGCUCAGAAAGAACAAGGCUUUGCCCACACCGGGUUCACCCCUCCGUCCGCAUCCCCUGCCCCCAGGCACCCAGGGCUCCGAGGAUGCAGAAGGUGGGAAGCGCCCGCCUGCACCCUUAGAAGUAGAGCUGGUGCUCCCCAAAGAUGCUGCUGCCGCGCUUCCUAGGGAGCCGGAAGAAGUAGAGGAGCCUCCUGGCACGCUCUGCGUCUCCGCAGCCCCUCCCGCGGGGAGCACCUCACCCGCAGAGACCCCUGAGAAGUUCCACUUCGAGCAGGGCAAGUUUCACUGCAACUCGUGCUCGUUCCUGUGCUCUCGGCUCUCCUCCAUCACCUCUCACGUGGCCGAAGGCUGCCGGGGGGGACGCGGCGGGGCAGCAAAGCGAGGGGCCUCCCUUCUGAGCAGCGGGGACUCGGCCUGCGCGACCGGGGUGGGCGCGGAGUGCAGCCCCGGCAGUGGGGACCCAGCUCUGGCUCCCAAGCAGAAGGGGGCCCGCUUCUCCUGCCCCACGUGUCCCUUCAGCUGCCAGCAGGAGCGGGCCCUGAGGACUCACCAGAGCCGGGGCUGCCCCCUGCAAGAGCCUGGAGAGCUGCAGUGUGGCCUCUGCUCUUUCAGCAGCCCCGCCGCCGCCGCCCUGAGGCUCCACCAGCAGCGGAGGCACCCCGCCGCCGCGCCGGCCCGCGGGCCCCGGCCCCCGCUUCAGUGCGCGGACUGCGGCUUCACCUGCAAACAGAGCCGCUGCCUGCAGCAGCACCGGCGCCUCAAGCACGAGGGCGUGAAGCCCCAUCAGUGCCCCUUCUGCGACUUCUCCACCACGCGACGGUACCGGCUGGAGGCCCAUCAGUCCCGGCACACGGGUGUGGGCCGCAUCCCCUGCAGCGCCUGCCCGCAGACGUUCGGGACCAACUCGAAACUGCGCCUGCACCGGCUGAGGGUCCACGACAAGACGCCCACCCACUUCUGCCCGCUCUGCGACUACAGCGGCUACCUGCGCCACGACAUCACCCGCCACGUCAACAGCUGCCACCGGGGCGCCCCCGCCUUCGCCUGCCCCCAGUGCGAGGCCCAGUUCAGCUCGGAGACGGCGCUCAAGCAGCACGCCCUGCGCCGCCACCCCGAGCCUCUCUGGAACUUCAUGGAAGAUUAG